UCUUCAUUUCUUGCCUAAAAAAUCUUUCAAUUAUCAGCUGUCAAUCGCAACUUCAUUCAUCUCAAUCCAUGAAAUGAAACCCUCUUUUUUCUAAUUACACAAUUUUUUGGUAAUCCACGAGUAAAAAACCGUUUUUUUUUUACUUUGGGAAAAAUUGAACUGGAAUUAUCUGGCAUCAACUCUCAGUGAAGGGUCCAGUUUGCUGCUCUGGAUCCCACUGUUCCUUUGUGCUUCAAUCAGCUCUAGGGUUCCAGUUUCGUGGAUUUCCUUUGUUAUUCAGCUUUUCUGCUGAGUUGAUUGAUUCGAUUUGUGGAUGGGAUCGAAGCCGUGGCUGCAUCCGGCGCCGGAAUAUCGACAUUUGGAGAGCUAUUGGGACACCGAUGAGGACGCGCCGGGUCCCCGCUGUGGUCACACGCUCACCGCCGUCGCGGCGACUAAAACCCACGGCCCCCGCCUCAUUUUGUUCGGAGGCGCCACCGCAAUUGGCGGUGGCAACGGUGGCGCCCCUGGCAUUCGGUUGGAUGGAGUGACGAAUUCUAUUCAUUCUUACGACGUACUUACUAGGAAAUGGACCAGGCUUCGGCCAGCUGGGGAGCCACCAUCACCUAGAGCUGCGCACGCAGCUGCAGCUGUUGGCACCAUGGUUGUGUUUCAGGGUGGGAUUGGUCCGGCUGGGCAUUCGACGGAUGACCUUUAUGUGCUUGAUUUGACAAAUGACAAGUUCAAGUGGCAUCGAGUUGUAGUUCAGGGACAGGGGCCCGGGCCUAGAUACGGACAUGUCAUGGACUUGGUCGCUCAACGAUAUCUUGUCUCUGUUAGUGGCAAUGAUGGUAAAAGAGUGCUAUCAGAUGCUUGGGCCUUGGAUACUGCACAGAAACCAUAUGCGUGGCAGAGGCUUAAUCCAGAAGGUGACAGACCUUCUGCAAGAAUGUAUGCAACGGCUAGUGCUCGGUCAGAUGGAAUGUUUCUGCUUUGUGGCGGAAGAGAUGCAUCAGGCACGCCACUGGCAGAUGCCUAUGGAUUACUUAUGCAUCGCAAUGGCCUGUGGGAAUGGACGCUUGCUCCGGGAGUGUCGCCUUCGCCCAGGUAUCAGCAUGCCGCGGUCUUUGUAGGUGCUAGAUUGCAUGUAACUGGAGGUGUUCUUAGAGGUGGGCGAUCAGUAGAAGGUGAUGCUGUAAUUGCAGUAUUGGAUACCGCCGCGGGAGUUUGGCUUGACAGAAAUGGUCUGGUCACUGCACGGGGAAACAAAGCACAGAGUGAUCCUGAUCCUUCUCUGGAGAUUAUGCGUCGAUGUCGCCAUGCAGCUGCAUCUGUCGGUUUCCGAAUAUAUGUUCAUGGUGGUCUGAAAGGAGAUAAUUUGCUAGAUGAUUUGCUGGUGGCAGAGAACUCUCAGUAUCAAUCUGAAAUCAAUCCACCAUUAUCCCCAGACAGAGCCUCGAUGACUUCUAGCCCAAGGUCAAAUAAUGCUACUUUUGCACCAUUUUCCCCUGGAUCAACCCCAGAUGACGGGUUUGAAACACCUUCAUCUGGAAAAUAUGGAAUGGACAAGCACUCCUUGGAGAAACUCGCAGAGGCAUCUGCUGCAGAAGCUGAGGUUGCGAGUGCUGUCUGGCAAUCUGCUCAGGCAGCGUCAGCUACCCCUGAGGAAGCUUCGUUGUCAGAUGUCAAUUCACAGUCUGUGGAGACCACUUCUGAAGGUAGUGACACAGAAGUUGAUGUCCGCCUUCAUCCUAGAGCGGUUGUAGUUGCAAAAGAAACUGUUGGAAACUUGGGGGGUAUGGUUCGGCAGUUAUCCUUGGACCAAUUUGAAAAUGAAAGUAGACGAAUGCUACCAUCACAUAAUGACCUAUCAAAUCCUACUAAAAAGUUUGCAAGGCAGAAGUCACCUCAAGGCUUGCAUAAAAAGAUCAUAUCAACUUUGCUCAGGCCUCGAAAUUGGAAGCCUCCUGUAAACAGAAAAUUCUUUUUGGACUCUUAUGAAGUUGGUGAGCUUUGUUAUGCUGCCGAGCAGAUUUUCAUGCAAGAGCAGACGGUGCUUCAAUUAAAAGCUCCUGUAAAAGUUUUCGGUGACCUACACGGACAAUUUGGUGAUCUGAUGCGGCUAUUUGACGAAUAUGGAUUUCCUUCGACUGCUGGAGACAUUACUUACAUAGACUAUUUAUUUUUGGGAGAUUAUGUCGAUCGCGGACAGCACAGCUUGGAAACUAUAACUUUGCUUCUUGCUCUCAAGAUCGAAUACCCGGAGAAUGUUCACCUGAUACGAGGAAACCAUGAAGCUGCUGACAUCAAUGCACUUUUUGGUUUUCGCAUCGAAUGUAUCGAAAGAAUGGGGGAAAGCGAUGGAAUUUGGGCUUGGACGCGAUUCAACCAGUUAUUUAAUUAUCUCCCACUUGCUGCACUGAUAGAGAAAAAGAUCAUCUGCAUGCAUGGUGGCAUAGGGAGGUCGAUUAAUUCAGUUGAACAGAUAGAGAAACUGGAGAGACCCAUAACGAUGGAUGCUGGGUCGAUAGUGCUAAUGGAUUUGUUAUGGUCGGAUCCCACUGAAAAUGAUAGCGUUGAGGGCUUGAGACCGAAUGCAAGAGGACCCGGACUUGUGACAUUCGGGCCUGAUCGAGUCACAGAUUUCUGUAAGAAGAACAAGCUGCAAAUGAUCAUAAGAGCCCACGAGUGUGUUAUGGAUGGAUUCGAACGAUUCGCCCAGGGCCAGUUGAUCACCCUUUUUUCUGCAACCAACUAUUGCGGAACGGCAAACAAUGCUGGUGCAAUAUUGGUCGUUGGCAGAGGAUUGGUUAUUGUCCCGAAAUUGAUUCAUCCACUUCCACCACCUUUCCACUCCCCGGAAACGUCCCCAGAACGUAUGACAGAGGAGACAUGGAUGCAGGAGCUUAACAUCCAAAGACCUCCAACUCCUACUAGAGGACGCCCGCAGCCUGACCUCGACCGAGGCUCACUUGCCUAUAUAUGAUGUUGCGGCACGUUGGUAUUUGCACGCAUCCCAAUGCUGCUGGGCUGGCACGGGACGGAGCAGUCGGCCCUGCUUUCAUGGUGCGGACGGCUCUGUUGUAUUUCACUCAGAGAAGAAUAGGAUUAUUGGUGUAUAGAAGAGAAAUACAUAUACAUGGUGAUGGGGUAUGACAAGAAAAUGGAUUACAUUUUGUCUGAGUGUGGUAAAAUACAGAAACAUUUACUGUAAGUUAAGGAUAGAAACGAAAAAUCUGUGUGUGUAGAAUAGAUGGGUGUGUGCUGUGCGGCUGAUUUCGAUAUUUUCUAUAGAGAGAAUGUAAUUAGCAGAUUCAAAUUGGUUUCGAUUUGAGGCAUGAGUUGAAUUAUGGGGUA